CGUGGGCAUGAGGGUUACAAACUCAAAUGCAAUGGAGAUGGUUCGCACCCUGUUAUAGUAAUCAAUGAGCGUGAGUUUCAAAUCCUUAGAAUCAAUCAAUCGGCCCAACCCCAGAUGAUGACCCUUUCCCGGAUGGACUCCGGCAUAGAUUCUUGUCCUACGGCCUUGAAUUACUAUCUCUUUAGGCCUGCUAAAACAGUUGUGAAUGUGACUCUGCUUCGCUACUGCCCUGAGUCUGACCCUUCAUGGGAAAGGAUAGAAGCUUCGCAUAAAAUUCGGUGCACUGUUGAUGGUGAACCGACCUACUGAUUAUUCUUGAGGGAUAACGAGCCCCUUCUUGUGGAUUGUCGAGAUAAAGUGGAAGUUCCGGUUCCAAAGGAGGCUCUUAAUCAACUCAUUUCAGGAACUAUGAGUUUGCGUAAAGCCUUGAUGACUGAGUUUAAUGUACAGUAUCUUGCAUACGAUGAGUAGUGUUUGAAAUGCCAGGGCUCUGGUGGAAGAUGUGGAUCCGGUCAGCCUUCUUCGCUGUCAUUUGCUUGCUAUUGUCGCGACCGACCUUAUGAUAUAACAUGCGGUGCUGCACAAUUAAUCUUCCUUUCAACUAGUGUUCUUAUUUAAGUUAAUAACAGUUAUUAGUCCACUGAAAAUUGAAAAAAUAUACCUUAGAGUGGCCUACCUUGCUUUGUUUCUACUCAUUUUUCACUUGGACCAAGUUAGUUUUUUCCCUAAGGUCGUGAGGUCUGCAGUGGAUUCGUGUCGAAGGUUGAAAUCUCAAGUUAAAUUAGCAGUUUACUGUAUUUUCAUAAACUUGUUUAAGAAACAACUUCAGUGGUCCUCUUCUGUUCUUCAUUUUUCCUUCUGUGUGACCACUAGCUCAUGCCAGGUUUCUAGCUCUUCAAUGAUUGAUUCAUUGCUUUUGACAUUUAGUGCAUUGGUGGGUCUGCUUUUGAUGUAGUACUUGUGCCUGGUUUCAACAUGUCAAUGGUAUUGAGCCCUCAUGGACUGGAUUUUUCCCGCCAACCUAGUGUCAAUGCCCGUCUUCUCUUUCUAUUCUGAAUGCAUUCGAUCUUGGCUUCUUGCAAAAUUCUUGCUCUACACAUUCAAUCUAAAACCCAUCAGGGUUAUUUAUUUGGAAUAUCUAUCUGUGUCUGUGUCUGUUAUUCCUUGGAUUAUCAUUUUCUCCUAACUUUGAUUUCGAACGGAAUUGAAAGCAAU